UUUCAGGCUUGUGCAGACAACACCCUGCUUUCACUGACAAGAUGAGGCAUGAAUCAGUUUGAAUCACAGCUGGCAAAAGAGCUGCCACAGUAAAGUAAAGAUCCAGCAGAAAGACCGGCUGCUCUCCGGAGCAAUUCCUUCCUGUACCCCUUCCCUCCUAGGGGCCAUGGGUGAAGAGGAGCAGCCCAGUCCAGAAGCUGAAAGUCCAGAUCUGGAAAAGGAACAUCUGCAGGUCCCGUUCCCAGUGUUGCAUGGUGAGUGUUUGGAGUACGUGGAAAAGACAGAGGGGGAUGUCAUAGCCCUGUCUAGCUACCGCCUUUACGUCAAGGUUAAAGAAAAUGUCAUAAAUGUUCCUCUGCAAUUGAUAGAGAGCGUGGAGUGUCGAGACUUGGUUCAGCUGCACCUUUCCUGCAAAGAUGGCAAAGUCAUCAGGGGUGAGUUCACCUCGUCAGAGCAGGCUCAGGACUGGCUGCGUCGACUCGCAGCAGCUUUGCACCCUCCCUCUCGCCUCGAAGAGCUAUUUGCCUUCUCCUUCCACACCUACAGUGCCAGUGUACCAGCUGAACAAGACCUGCAUGAUGAGAUCUGCCACGCGGGCGAGCAUGUUAGAAAUCGUUCCAAGUGUGAAAUGUACAGAAUGGGCUUUGACACCCACAGUGCCUGGAGAAUCUCCGAAAUCAACACCAACUACAGACUCUGUAUGAGUUACCCCGAGAAGUUAGUGGUACCUAGCUGGAUCACAGACAAGGAGCUAGAGAAGGUAGCCGAAUUUCGUUCCUGGAAGAGGAUUCCAGCUGUCGUUUACCGACAUCAGAGCACCGGUGCCAUUAUCGGCCGGUGCGGGCAGCCUGAGGUGAGCUGGUGGGGGUGGCGGAGUGCAGACGACGAGCACUUGGUACAAUCCAUCGCUAAGGCCUGUGCAGUGGACACUGCAGCUAAUAAACAUCUCUGCAACGGCUUCUGUGUCCACCAUCAAAGCGAUGGUUCUCCCGAUAGCUCAGAUCCUGUCAUUACCAAUGGCAAUGAAGGGAUGGAGUUGACCGCCACCCCUCAGAAGCUGCUGAUAUUGGAUGCCAGGUCUUACGCUGCUGCUGUGGCCAAUCGGGCCAAAGGAGGUGGCUGUGAAUGCCCAGAGUACUAUCCAAACUGUGAGGUGGUGUUUAUGAGUAUGGCUAACAUCCAUUCCAUAAGGAGGAGCUUCCAGUGCCUGCGGGCACUUUGCGCCCAGGUGCCUGACCCUGCCAAUUGGCUGUCUGCUCUUGAGGGCACUAAGUGGCUGCAGCACCUGUCUCUCCUGCUGAAGGCGUCUCUGUUAGUAGUAAACACGGUGGAUCGAGACAGCAUGCCUGUUCUGGUGCAUUGUUCUGAUGGCUGGGACCGCACACCUCAGAUAGUGGCUCUGUCCAAACUGCUGCUGGAUCCCUACUACAGAACCAUUGAGGGUUUCCAGGUGCUGGUGGAGACAGAGUGGCUGGAUUUUGGUCAUAAAUUUGCAGACCGUUGUGGCCACGGGGAAAACUCCGAGGAUGUAAAUGAACGCUGUCCUGUUUUCCUGCAGUGGCUGGACUGUGUGCACCAACUGCAGAGGCAGUUUCCCUGCUCCUUUCAAUUUAACGAGGCCUUUCUGGUGAAGCUGGUGCAGCAUACCUACUCGUGUCUGUUCGGGACGUUCCUGUGUAACAGUGUGAAAGAGCGAGAAGAGCAAGGAGCGCUGGAGAACACUUGCUCUGUUUGGUCAUUGCUCCAACCAGCCAACAGAGCCUUCCAUAACAUCCUCUACUCAUCACACUCAGAGAUGGUGCUUCACCCGGUGUGCCACGUGAGGAACCUUAUGCUAUGGAGUGCUGUGUACCUGCCUAACUCCGCCCCCUCCACACUGUGUGAAGAGUCAUGUGCUUCUUAUUCGGCCGCUUCAGCCUCACCUGAGGACACACGCCCUGGCAGGCUGUCAAAAACUCGUUCCUAUGACAACCUGCCUGUGGCUUGCCAGGGAUCAAAUCUAGCCGCAUCGAACCGCCGCUCCAGUGAUCCUAACCUUAAUGAAUCAUGGCAGGACCACCUUCGAUCAGAGGAGCUUGUUGCAGCUACAGAAAGCAAGGACAAUUCUCAGCAAGCCGUCAGACAUACUACAGAUCAUACUGAAAUGAAUGAAUUUGACGGGAGUCUAGCAAAGACUGAAUUACUUAAUGACUGUAAUCUAGUAAAUGGGAGCGAUUCGGUGAAUGAAAAUGUGGCCGUGCCUUUUUCCAAUACGAGCAGCUCGGCUGCAGUAGAUGUGGUACUGUCCGACAAGGUACCUGUACAGAAUGGGGAUAAUCCUGGGAACUGUUCAUGUGAACAUGCAAACAAAGUGCUGGAACCUUCAACUGAUAAACUGUGCAUCUCCUGUCCUGACCACAUCACUAACACUGACAGUGGGACAGAAUCAAAGCCAAACGAAUCUCCUAAAGAGCCUCUCUGCCCUGAUAGCACCCCUAAACCCAACACCAUUUCUCCUCCACAAGACUUUACAGAAACCGAGGAGUGCCUACAUAGUGCAAACCCCCCCAGCUCACCCCACUCACCGUCCCUGCAGCCUCUCUUCCCAAAAUCUAAUCAUGAACUCUCAGCAUGUAACGGAGAAGCCUCUAGUGUGGAUGGCGGCUGCAUUUCACAAACACCCCUCAGCCGUCAGACAUCCACAGCCAGUGCCGGAUCACCUUCGUUUAUUCAAGAUACAUCUCUUGGCGGUUUUGGGCGAGUGCCAGCUGUGCCUGAUCACCUGGGUGAAGACGGGCUCAGUGUGCACAGGGAUGUAGUGCAGGUACGGCUCAGGCAGAUGGAGGCCGGACAUCAGCUGCAGGUGGAGACGCUGAAACGGCAGGUGCAGGCGCUGUGGAACAGGCUGCACGUCAACGGAGAGCUGACACCCGUGCCAGACGGCGAGAAUAAUGUUGAGGUUGUGCAUCUGUCCCGCUGUGGCAAUGAACAGGACGAGCACGACAAGCAGGUCCCACGGUGGUAUCCUGAUCAUCUACCCACCCACUGCUAUAGGUGUGAGAACAAGUUCUGGCUAUCUGCAAGAAAAACACAGUGCAGUGCCAGAGAACCUGUUGAGGAAGCCUGGAACUGUGGAAACGUCUUCUGUGCCAGCUGCUGUGACCACAAAGCAUCAGCGACGAAUCAGCAGCUGUAUGAACCUAACCGUGUCUGCCAGGCCUGUUAUGGAAACCUGCACACAUCUGCUGUGCAUCCUGUGCUGCCUCCUGCUGAUCUGGAGCUGGAGAAGCCUAUUGCUGCCAGUUCCAACUAAACCUCCAAUCCUUCUGCCCUGUAGGAAUAUUUCUAAAUUAAUGUAUAUGAGAUUAGGAGAUUAGAUUAGUGUAACAGAGCAACUAUAUACACCAUUUAAACCAGAGCACAAAAAUGCACUCUUCUGAUUGGCUAGUGUUUAGUACAGUUAUGUUUCCUUUUCUCGACACCCACCAGAUUCAACUAAUCAAAACACUGCUGGACGCUGGCCUUCAGGAACAGAGUUGUUUGCCCUCUGUUAUACCCUUCCUGUAAAGUUUUUACCCACAGGUGGGUAGAGUCCAGCCCUAAAAAGGCAGCAAAUAAUUAGCAUAACUUAUUAAUAUUAUUAGAAUUCACUUCAGUGGACUCGAACACUUCAGGUGUUUUUUUGCCUUUAAAUACAUAUGCACACUGCUCUAAAAUAUAAAGCCAUGUGCGAUUCCUUUAGAACGACUAUCUGUGCUCAUGUGAAUAGUAGAUUAAUGUGUAUAUAAUGCUAUAAUGUGUACAGAAAAAAGAGCGCAGUGUAUAUUCUAAAGAAAAUCUCUAGUGAUGAAGGACUGGACAUUUUUGAUGCUUUUCAGGAUUUAUUUACCUUACUGCUGGAUCAACCCAAACAGACAGAUCUUCUUUGUAGCUUGCUAAUAUCAUGUGUUUUUGCUUUGCUACUGGUAAGAAGUGAGACAUGUAUAAGUAUAUACUGGUGAAGGCUCAUUCUUUCUCCGCUCUCUCCUCCUGUACUGAUGCUGCUGCUUUUGAGUCUCUGAAGCUCUGAAACAUUCAAGUUAAUGAAAUAAAAGCACAACACACUGCCAGGCUGAACAUCA